AUGUCGUCUUCUCGCCCCAUAACUGGGCCACGAGGCAGUGCUUCACCAGGGGCACGCUGGCACAACAGGAGCUCACGUGGUGCCGCAGCGGGACACGCCCACACCGCAUGCGUACGCAUAUGGGACCUGAAGCCACUUCUGAUGGAGAGGCGCCACGGACAGAAGUCUCGCAUUCGAGCUGCAUCUUUGGCCGGUUCCCGGGUCGCCAUGCUACUGUUUCAGCGUCUGCAAGAGCUUCUUCAGAUGGAAGGUACAAGUGACAAGGAGACAUCGGACUCCGGUGUGGAGCACAUCUCGGCACUUAAAGAUGGUCGCAGUCCGAAGGAAGACUGCCGUUAUCAGCUGAUCGAUGCCAUUACGGCACGCUUUUACAAUCGCAAUUUGCAGGCUACCAUAAGCAUUUUUCGUGACGGACCCGAUGGCAGCAACAACUCCCCGGAUUUGUUGCUCAAGAAUCGCAGCUCCUUUUCCUUUGUUGGUUUCGUUUUAGAGGUGUGCGGGGUAGGCGAUCCAUUGGUGUCAGGUGGUGGAAAUAAGUCGCUACCCUCGUCUCAUGGCGUGCUAUCCUUCACUGAUGCCAGCCCACUCGUUGUGGAGUGCGAUAGCAGCAUUUCUUGGGGCACGGUAAGGCUCGUGGCAAACAUAAGCCUUUUUGGGCAGUGGUAUCGCAACGAACGACGGACAUGGCGGAUGAUGCAAGGCGGAACGCUGACGGGGGCGGUGAUCGUGUGGACUAUUUUAAUUGCAGUGUUAUAUUACUUUGUUCUCCCAUUGUUACCAAGGUUUAUGAACACGACGUGGUCUCUAUAA